AUGUCGCCUCCCCGCCAGCCACGCGACUAUCAUGGCGUCGAGAACUCCUCCACCAAGAACGUCGUUGUCCUCGGGGGAAGCUACGGCGGUAUGCAUGCCGCUUCAGUCCUCGCACAGAAGCUUCCACCAUCACAUCGCGUUAUCCUUAUCGAGAGGAAUAGCCACUUUAAUCACCUCUACGUCUUCCCGCGCUUCUCUGUUCUGCAAGGACACGAACACAAAGCCUUUAUCCCUUAUUCGUCCAUCUUUGGUUCAGCGCCAAAGCGUCGUCGUCGUGAGGAUAAGGCGAGGGGCACAGCGCCACCACCACAACCCCCGGCGAGCUCUGCUCCUCGCAGCGGGGGAAGCGUGCUAGAGAUGGGUUCAGGGAGUGGAGAUGCUCUUGCCCCACAAGCGGAGGCUCCCUCAUCGUCUUCAUCAUCUCUGUCUCGCGGGAGAGGAAGCGGCUCAUCGAGCUCAGACGACGAGAAUCGCAGUAGCCGUAGCAACAGCAGUCGUGGCGGGGACUCCCUCUUCGACCACGAUACGGUCAACAGCGAUGUCACAACAGGCUCUGCUCCUUCCUCCUCGGGCGACCACUCAUCGGCACGUGAUCCGGCUCACGACGCUGGGAACAAGGCGAUGGAGCAGGGCAUCCUCGAGGACGCGCAGGUGUUGGCGCAUGACGAGGAGAAGAUGGGUAGGCCGGAAAUCAGGGUUGAGCGGCUGGGAGAGGAUGUCAAGGAGGGCUUGACCCUAAGCGAACAAGCGCCAGCAGAGGAUGGAGCAGCUUCCUCCGCGGACGGCGGCUUUGAGGACGCAGAGCCGCACGUCGUGCUUCAGGCUACGGUCACCAGCAUCACCGACUCUCACGUCAUCGUUACUCCUACCUCGCCUUCCUCCGGCCAAGGCUCAGAAGGAUCGCAAUCUCGUCGCAAUCUCUGGAGCAUCGACUCCCUUUCCAUCCCUUACACUCACCUCAUCUACGCGCUCGGCUCGCACCUGCCUGAUCCGCUGCGCACCACGUCGGCCUCGCGCACGAAGAAGGAAGGUGUCUCGUGGAUGCGUCAUACGCAAGAGCAGAUACGAGAUGCACAGCGUGUCGUGCUGGUUGGAGGCGGGGCGCUGGGAGUCGAAUAUGCGACGGACAUCAAGAGCGUAUACCCGGAGAAGGACGUGACGCUCAUCCACUCACGGCAGAGAUUGCUCCCCAACUUCGACGAGCGCAUUCACGAAGUGGCCAAGGCACGACUCGAAGAGCUCGGCGUCAAGCUCGUCCUUGGCGAACGACUCGCCCUCACCGAAGGUUGUCCUAAAGGCUCCACAACUGCCCCUCUGGCCGAGGACGAGGUCGACGGUGACGUACACCCGAUCCGCCAGCCGAGCGACGCCCACCACCAAGGCUGGAAACGUGUCCGUACAACUGGCGGACGUGAGUUGCUUUGCGACCUCCUAAUGCUCUGCACCGGUCAACAGCCAAACAGCUCCCUCCUCGCCUCCUUGUCCCCCACUUCCGUCGAUCCGCACACACGCCUCAUCCGAGUCCAUCGAACACUUCAGGUCGCCCUUCCUCCUCCCGAUCAGGCCGCUCCGGGUCCAUUCGACGCUACACCACCUUGUGGAGAUUGCGACUGUUUCCUGGACAAGAAGGCUGCAGGUGGCGACUUGGAUGAGAGGCAGGAAGGACACCUCGAUGAGCAUGGGAUGGAGGGGGAGGAGAGGCCGGCAGAGAAAUUGGGCCGUAUCCCCAAUGUGUACGCCAUUGGCGACGUGGCUGAUGCCUUUGGGUCUUUGAAUGCCGGCUACCAAGCAUGGGGCAUGGCGGACGUAGCUGCGGAGAACAUCAUUCGGGACAUAGGCGUGCGGGGCGCCAGCGUCAACCCCGAGGACAGCGCACCGUCGUCGCCCAGCACGGCGAUCACUCCCGCCGAGCUAGUCCAUUUCUCUCCUGCGCCCAAUAUGCUCAAGCUCUCCCUCGGCUUGGGGCAGAUGGUCUUCCAAGGCGGACCGGUCAAGGGCGAAGACGGCGUCGAGAGACCAGAGGUCAGCGUUAAGGAUGAUCCGGCCGAUUUGGGAGUCGAAGGCGUGUGGACUUUCAUGGCUAACAUGAGUGUGGAGGACUUGUAUCUUUAG